GUCGGGUCUCGCCAAACUUUCCUGGCCUUUCUGGUAUUCCUGGUUGUUCGCAGCCCCACCAGCGACCGCUUGGCGAUUCGUACCCUUCACUACUUCGUCGAAGGAGCGGCGGCGACUGAACCACCACAGUGUCGACAAGCCGAAACGGCUUCGGCAUAUUCGAUAUAUAAUAUAUAAUACCCCGAAAUAUAUCUUAUUCUGGCAGACGUCCUUUGGACCCCUCAGUCACCAAGCCAGACCCUCGCUCCCCCGCAGUUUGACCCCGCGUCGCAGCCCGCAUCACCAACUUGCAGGUCGCAUCUCCGCCCAGGAAAAUCGUGAAAGGAUGCCCCGCGACGGAGGAUUUCAUCCUUUCAAGGGAAGAGUGAGCCGUCACUUUGGAGAUAGUCUCUCCCCCGACGAUGCAUACUUGAGUUAUUACGACACUCGAUUGACGAAAGAAGAUGUUGAUACACUCAAAGAUGACUGGUUAACAGACAACACAAUCUCCUUCUGGGAAGAAUAUCUUGAGCGCGAGCAACUAUCUCAAUACCCAACGUCUCACAUCGUUCUUCUCCGACCCUCGAUGGCAUUCAUGCUUAUGCAGACUCCGAACCCGCACACUCUCAGAGAGGCCCUCCCGGACUUCACACGCACAACACACAUCUUUCUCCCAAUAAACGAUGCCCGCAACGUCUCGGUGGCCGAAGGUGGUUCUCACUGGUCCUUACUUCUGGUCUCCAUAAUUGAUGGCGUGGCAUUUCACUACGAUUCGAUGUCGCCCUCAAACUACAACGAAGCCGCCAAUGCUACCCAUAAACUGAGCAUAUUAAUUGGAAAGCCCCUCCGUUUUAUGAACCUAGACGACAGCCCGCAACAAGAAAACGGAAGUGAUUGCGGGGUUUAUGUUUGCAUCCAGAUGAGACAUUUGCUGCUUAAGAGGCUGCUGAGCGCGAAUGCCAAGGAGAAGAUCAGCAUGAGUAUGGGUGGGAAGAUGGUUGAUGCUAAUGGAGGAAGGAAGGAGAUGCUGAGGAUUAUUGAGACUUUCAGAAAGGAGGGCGAGAGGCGGAGAUCAAACGAUGAAUAUAGAAGCUCUAGUGCCUCUAAAUCCAAAGGAAAGAAGUCUGUGUCAAGGUCACCACCUCGAAUCGACUCUUGAAUGGGAAAACGUCCCAGCAUACGACCGUGGCGAGGAGUUCAGGCGCAUCAUAAUGGAAACUACGCAUAGCAUGAAAAUCAGUUUAUUGUUAUCCCCCUUGACAUGCCUUCUCUCUCGAUGUAUUGAGGGAGUGGCCGCACAAGGAUACCCAAGAGAGCCAAAGCCGCAUUGGAGGAGGGCAGUAGGAUAUGUAACUCGCUCAAAAAUACCAUUGGUUUGAAUGUAGGAAAUAUGGGCGGGAGAGACAGGCACGCAUUGCGUAUCUACUAGCACACGAACCGUUAUCAUACAAUGAUUUUAUUUUUCAUUAUAGUAUUCAUCGACUAUAUAUCGUUGAAAGUUUCGUAU